GCUUCACUUUUUCAUUUGUGCUUCUUCUUACUAACAAUGAUAACAAACUAUAAAACGCAGUGUAAAAAAUUAAAAUUUUUAAUAAUAUUCCUCAUAUUUUUAAUUGAAAAUGCUGAUUGCCUGCAUCGUACCCUUAAACACUUUGAGCUAAUUCACAAGGACGAUGUCGAACAUCGAAUUGUGAAACGGGGUGCUAAGCACAGCAACAACCCUUACAACACUAUCAAAGAGGUGGAGUUCAAAACAUUGGGUAAGAACUUCCGUUUGAUAUUACAUCCACAUCGUGAAGUAUUACACAGCAAAUUUAAGGCCUACACAGUGGAUGGUGACGGCAAUGAGACCAUUGUACAUUUGGAUCAUGACAACUUUUUUACGGGUCGUGUUUUUGGAGAAAUUGAUUCUCAAGUUAGAGCUCACAUAGAGAAUGGUUUAAUGACCAUGUCCAUCAAUUUACCAGAUGAAACAUAUCAUGUGGAGCCCUCCUGGCGUCAUUUGCCUACUGCCAAAGAAAAUACCAUGGUGGCUUAUCGUUUAUCUGAUGUCAAAGUAAAACAUCCGCAUGGCGAUGAAAAGUCAGGUGCAGCUCCCUUAACCUGUGGUUAUGUUAAGGAAGGUUUAGAACUUGAAACCGAUGACGAAGAUGAGGAAGAAUCGAAAAAUUUAGAUAAUGACAAUAAUCGCCAUAACUAUCAUGAACAUCAACAAACCAAUCUUUUGCCUUUAACUCACAAUCAAUCCCACAAAAGAAGCAAACGUCAAGCUGACCAAUAUGAAUAUACACCCACAAAAACUCGUUGUCCUUUACUUUUGGUGGCCGACUAUAGAUUCUUUCAAGAAAUGGGUGGCGGCAACACCAAGACCACUAUAAAUUAUUUGAUAAGUCUUAUUGAUCGUGUUCAUAAAAUUUACAAUGAUACUGUUUGGCAAGAUCGUUCCGAUCAGGAAGGUUUUAAGGGCAUGGGUUUUGUUAUUAAAAAAAUUGUGGUUCAUUCAGAGCCCACACGCCUAAGAGGUGGAGAGGCUCAUUAUAAUAUGAUUAGAGAGAAAUGGGAUGUUCGCAAUCUUUUAGAGGUAUUUUCACGUGAAUAUAGUCAUAAAGACUUUUGUUUAGCGCAUCUUUUUACGGAUUUAAAAUUUGAAGGCGGUAUUUUGGGUUUAGCUUAUGUUGGCUCACCUAGACGUAAUUCUGUUGGAGGCAUUUGUACACCAGAAUAUUUUAAAAAUGGUUAUACGCUCUAUUUAAAUUCCGGUCUGAGUAGUUCACGCAAUCAUUAUGGUCAACGUGUUAUAACACGUGAAGCCGAUUUAGUCACUGCCCAUGAGUUUGGUCAUAAUUGGGGUUCGGAACAUGAUCCCGAUAUACCGGAAUGUUCACCUAGUGCCUCACAAGGGGGCAGCUUUUUAAUGUAUACCUAUUCCGUUAGUGGCUAUGACGUUAAUAAUAAGAAAUUCUCUCCCUGUUCUUUACGUUCAAUACGCAAAGUUUUACAAGCCAAAUCGGGUCGUUGCUUCUCCGAACCCGAAGAAUCAUUUUGUGGCAAUUUGCGUGUUGAGGGUGAUGAACAAUGCGAUGCUGGUCUUUUGGGUACCGAAGAUAAUGAUGCCUGUUGUGAUAAAAACUGUAAAUUAAGACGUAAUCAGGGCGCUGUAUGCAGUGAUAAGAAUUCGCCCUGCUGUCAGAAUUGUCAGUUUAUGCCGGCGGGUGUCAAGUGUCGUGAACAAGUCUAUGCAACUUGUGAACGUGAGGCUAGAUGUACGGGUACCCAUGCCGAGUGUCCAAAAUCACCUGCAAUGGAUGAUGGUACUAUUUGUCAGGAGAGAGGACAGUGUCGUAAUGGUAAAUGCAUACCCUAUUGCGAAACCCAAGGUCUACAAAGUUGCAUGUGUGAUAUUAUACAGGAUGCUUGUAAAAGAUGCUGUCGCAUGAGUAUUAAUGAAACCUGUUUUCCUGUGGAACCGCCAGAUGUUUUACCAGAUGGUACUCCCUGUAUACAAGGUUUCUGUAAUAAGGGUGUUUGCGAAAAAACCAUACAAGAUGUGGUGGAACGCUUUUGGGAUAUAAUCGAGGAAAUUAAUAUUAAUAGAGUUUUGAGAUUCUUAAAGGAUAAUAUUGUUGUUGCCGUUGUUCUUUUCACUUCCAUCUUUUGGAUACCGGCCAGCUGUGUUAUUUCGUAUUUUGAUCGUAAAAAAUUACGCCAUGAGUUGAAACAAAUCGAUUGGAGCCAAAAAUUAGAUUUAAUACAUCCCAGUGAUAGGCGUAGAGUAAUACAUAUAAGAGUACCAAGACAAAAAAUUUCCGUAGCGCGUAUGUAAUCGCCGUAAACAUUAAAAUUAAUUUUAUUAUAAAAUAAUAUAUGUAUUCAUUAUUUUAAAUUUUAAUCUAUUUAUGAUUAAAUCUCGUUGAAGGCUCAAAUGUCUUUUAAUAUUAAAUAAAGCGAAUUUUCCAUUAACUUUA